AUGACACUCUCUUCACUCAGUUUCGCCAUCUCCAACACAACAACAACAACAUGGAACACAAACACACCACAAUCCAACAACACUGUUCCAUCUCUCAACACUUUUUCUUCCAUCACUCUCAACGAUAGUUCCUUCAACAAAACACAUGUUUUCAGAAUCCGCUGCAUCAAAUCGGAAUCUAUCUCUCCGUUGGAGCCUCUCAUAUCCGAUCAACCUGAUAUCGGCGGCGGAGGUGAUAAUGGCGACAAUUUCGGCGGAGGUAGAGGUGGAGAUGGUGGAGAUGGUGGAGAUGGCGGCGGAGAAAGUGAAGGAGAUGAAGAGUUUGGACCUUUGUUGAAUUUCGAAGCUGUUAUGAAAGAAGUUGAAGCUCGUGGUGCUACGUUACCUUCUGAUAUGGAAGAAGCGGCGAGGAUCACUGGCAUUCGUGAAAUGUUUCUUCUUCGUUACUUGGAAUUACAGGGUUCUUCUGGGCCACUGUCUUUUCUGAUGAAGCAUUGUUCUAUGUUGAGAAAUCGAAUGUUAGCAGACCCUUCUUUUCUCUUUAAAGUUGGAACUGAGAUUGUUAUAGACUCGUGUUGUGCGACAUUUGCGGAGGUUCAGAAAAGAGGCGAGGAUUUCUGGGCUGAGUUUGAGUUGUAUGCUGCUGAUCUUCUUGUUGGUGUGGUUGUUGACAUUGCUUUGGUGGGUAUGUUGGCACCUUAUGCACGAAUUGGCAAGCCUGCUUUGUCAAAAGGUUUACUCGGACGCAUUCAGCAUGCUUGUGCUGCGCUUCCUAGCAGUGUUUUUGAAGCUGAAAGACCAGGGUGCAAAUUCUCUGCGAUGCAGCGCGUUGCCACGUACUUCUACAAGGGUGCGUUGUACGGAUCUGUUGGCUUUGGAUGUGGUAUUGUUGGUCAAGGAAUUGCUAAUAUGAUCAUGAAUGCCAAAAGGAGCAUUAGUAAAUCUGAAGAUGACAUACCGAUUCCUCCUCUUCUGCAAAGUGCAGCUCUUUGGGGUUUCUUCCUCGCUGUGUCAUCCAACACCCGUUAUCAAAUUAUCAACGGACUGGAAAGCAUCGUCGAAAAAUCUUCAGUGGCAAAGAAGGUUCCACUUGUUGCAAUGGCGUUCACUGUUGGUGUGCGAUUUGGCAACAACAUCUAUGGUGGUAUGCAGUUCAUAGAUUGGGCCAAGUUGAGCGGCGUACAAUAA